GUGGAAACCGCGCUUCCGGGCUCUCUGUUUCUGCGAGCUCCCUCGCUUUUCGGACAGUAGGAGCCGGUCAUUUGGCGCCGCCGCCGCCGCCGCGCACCUGAGGGGCCCCUUCCCACCCCACAUGGAGCCCUCCGGGCAAGUGCGCGGUGGGGCCCACAGACCCGACCCAGGAGGCCCUCGCCAGGGCCAGUUUAGCCAUUCCUAUGUACCCACAGAGGAUGAAAAGAGAGUCUUCGCAGAAUGCAAUGCUGAGAGCCUCUGGUACAGAUCGCUGCCUUUCUCUGCUGUUGGCAUGUUUGUCACUCAAAUACUAAUUAAAAAAGGAAUUCUUACAACACAUUCAAAGUUUGGCUCUUUACCAAAAGUUGUAUUUGCUGGCUUUUGUGGCUACAUUGGUGGAAAGUUUUCUUAUAUGAAAACAUGCCAAGAGAAGCUUAAAAGGCUAGAGAAUUCACCACUGGGAGAAGCGCUGAGGAAAAAUAAACCUAUUCAACCUGAGUAUUACUCUAAAAAAACAGAAGCUUCAGAUGUGCCUUUAUCUUUUGAAAGUACUCCAGCAGCAGCAGCAGGAGGAGGACAACCACAUACUUCCAAAUACCAUGUUGAUAAUUAUGGAGCGACAGACUUUCCCUCUAGCGAUGAUCCGAUCCCAUUUAGUUCUACAAUGAAUGAAUCUUCUCCUUCUGGAAUAACAGAUGGUCUCCCUCAAGAACCUGCUUCGUUUCUGGAAGAACGUCCAAAAAGAAAAGGAAUCACGUAUGAUGAAUUAAGGAGUCGCAAUAGAGAGAUGUAUGAGGCAGGAAUAACACAGAAGUCAGAAUUCCCGUCAAAGUCUUCACAAGAAAAACCAAUAAAGAGAGAUGUUAAAGUCAAUAAGUAUGGAGAUGCUUGGGAAGACUGAAAAUCUUUAUACCUUCUGAAGACAUUUCUUCAAUCAAAAAUUUCAGCUUUAUCAGUGUUGGUCAAAUACCUGAAUGUUCUUCUGUACUCUGAUAUGCACUUGCUUUACAAUAAAAAUGCUUGGGUCUUCCUUCUUGUUUUGGCAAAGUAUCAGACUGGAUUUUGUUAGUCUGUUUAAAUAGUAACAAAAAGGAAGAAAGAAGGUGACUAACUGGAAUUCACAGAAGCAAUUAUCUUGUGCCUAUAGUCUACUUGGAUUGUACUGCUGCUGAAAUGGAAGAGAACCAAAAUUAUUUAAGUCUAUCCGUCCUCACUUUAAAAGGGAAUUCACUGUAGCUUUAACUUUUAUUUCUUCCUUGCAUGUUUCUAAUUUACCUAUUCAAGUGGUAAACUAGAGCUGCAGUCUGAUUACAGAAAUGUUGAUGGAGCAUAAAUUUAAGUCUGUCAUUAAACUUUGUGUAUGUAUACGUUACAUGUUCCUAAAGCCAGAAAUCAAGCAGCCUUCACCAGACUUGUGUCCUCCAGACAUUUUGACUAGAGUUCUGAUCAUGAUAGCUAGGACUGAUGGUGUCAUAGUUGUCUAAAACAUCUGGAGCAUCAGUCUGGAGAAGGUUGUCUUAGAAAAAGCAUAAUAAUAAUAAUAAUAAUAAUAAUAAUUUAUUAUUUAUACCCCGCCCAUCUGGCCGGGUUCCCCCAGCCACUCUGGGCGGCUUCCAACAAAACAGAAAUUCUAAAAUACAGAAAUCCAUCAAACAUUAAAAUACAGAAAUCCAUCAAACAUUAAAAGCUUCCCUAAACAGGGCUGCCUUGAGAUGCCUUCUAAAGGUCUGGUAGUUGUUGUUCUCUUUGACCUCUGGUGGGAGGGCAUUCCACAGGGUGGGUGCCACUACCGAGAAGGCCCUCUGCCUGGUUCCCUGUAACUUGGCUUCUCGUAGUGAGGGAACCGCCAGAAGGCCCUCGGAGCUGGACCUCAGUGUCCGGGCAGAACGAUGGGGGUGGAGACGCUCCUUCAGGUAUACCGGACCGAGCAUUACUCCUGUAUGUGAGAGGCUUUAUAAGCAGGGUUUAUUAAACCCUUACAUUUAAAUAUUGCAGUCCUGGUAAAAGCCACCAGCAAGUCUAGCAUAAAUAUAUUUGUUUCCAUUAUAUUCUAUAUCUGAUUCAAACACAAUAUCCGAACAGAAGAGGAAGACCUUAUAAUAGGCUAAAUCAUGUACCUAAAGCUAAAUGAAUCAAAAUUUACUUUUGAGAAUAUCAGGUCCAGAAAUUAAGUAAAAGAAAUUCUGAAAUGUGUUGAUGUUACAUAUUUAUUUAUUUAAAAUACUUCUAGGCUGCCUUGCUGUCUCCUACAACACGUUUUCAAGGCUGUAGUGAUUUACAAAGGCUAUGCGGAAUAAUGAUGAUUAUAUACCAUGAUCCCCCUUUUAUCAGAGGAAAUAUCCUCUCCUAAAUCAGUGCAUAGUUAAUAAUACAAUUUUCUAGCUUUCUCCACUAUGAACAACUGGCACACUGAGCAUAUCUACACUGGAUUUGCAAAAGCAAUCUCUUCAUUUGCAGUCUUACCCUAAGGAUAUUUAUAUUAGCAAUACACUACAGUGGUACCUUGGUUCUCAAAACACCUUGGUACUCAAAUGCCGAAAACCCAGAACUAAGUGUUCCGGUUCUCGCACGUUUUUCUGAAGCCGAACAUCCGAUGCAGCUAUCAGCUAUUGUUUCCAGGAUGCCUGCACCAAUCAGAAGCUGUGUCUUGGUUAUUGAACAUUUCAGAAGUCAAACAGACUUCCAGAAUGGAUUAAGUUUGGUGCUUUUGUUUUUGCUACCUUUAUGUUCCAUUUUUGUUUUUGAGGCUUUUCCGGUUAAUUUGUUUUUGUGACUGUGUGGAACCCAGCUCAGCUACUGAUUGAUUGAUUGACUGAUUGUGUGACUGCAGAAAUGGAUAAAAGCCCCCCAUCCAAACAAUGACUAUUAUCAGUGCAUGUAAGGGAAAAAUAAUAAUUUUACAAUACUGUAAAUAAUCUACAAUACUGUCUUAUUUGUUUUAUAGUACAGUAUAUUGAUUAUUGCUUUCAUUUUAUUGAUCAGUGGUCUAGUUAGAUAGGGAAUUCAUGUUAAAUUGCUGUUUUAGGGGUUGUUUUUAAAAGUCUGGAACUGAUUAAUCCGUUUUGCAUUACUUUCUAUGGGAAGGUGUGCCUUGGUUUUGGAACACUUUGGUUUUGGAACGGAUUAAGUCUGAGAACCAAGGUACCACUGUAAUGGAUUCAAUUUGACAACUCCUAUACUUCCGUUACAGAACAAAUGCUGAAUAAGCUCAAACCUCUUUAUCAAGUUUUGCUGUUUGACAAAUACUCUGAACUGCACUGGUAAAGUGUAAACCUGAAAGCAGAGUAACUGUCUUUAAGCACUGCAGUGACAGCGAUGCUGUUGCAAGCUGUCAGGGACGUCUAGCUUUCAUCUUCAGUUUAGUGUUCUAGAACUUGUGACAAACAAAACAUCAAAGUAACUUUUAUUUUUUUAAAAAAAAUCGUGUUAAACAUACAAAGGGUUUUGAAUGAAAGCAGGUUUUUCAGAAUUGCAGUCGUUGUGUUUGAACAGGUACCGUUACAAAAUGCUUUCUUCCACAUUAUCUGAAAUAGAAAAGUAUUGGUUAAAGGGAUUCAGCCCCUUUGAGAUGAGAAUACAGGUUUGGAGGACAAGGUCUGACCUAGCUUAAUGUCGGGGAUUUCCCUCCCUACACUCAAGCAGUAGUAGUUGAUCUAAUGGACUUCAAGUAGUAAAACACUGUGCAGCCUAUGGUUCAAAAUUACAUAAACUGGUUAAUCUAAUAAACGUAGCAUUUUGCUAAAUGUACUUCUGGUGACUUAAAUGAACAGACCAAGCUGCCAUACAACACUCUUGGUUUUGAAAACUACCUGCAUGAUUGGUGAAGCAAACAAUGUACAGUCAAACGGCUUGGCUCCCGAACAAAUUGGCUCCCAAACACCGCAAACCCGGAAGUGAGUGUUCUGAUUUGCGAAUGCUUUUUGGAAGCCGAACGUCCGUCGUGGCUUCCGAGGGUUCCGACUGAGUUCAGGAAGCUCCUGCAGCCAACCGGAAGCUGCACCUUGGUUUUCGAAAUUAAAUUAUUUAAAUUAUUUUUACAUUUAUCUACCAACUCUCUUUCAUCCUGGAACCCAAGGUAUCCUAUAUUUAGUUCCCAGGUGGUCUCCCAUGCAGGCACCGGCCAGACCUAGACUGAUUUAGCUCUAGCAAGAUGGUAGAGUCAUGUCCCUACAGACCAUAUACCCUGGGCCAUAUUCUAAGCCAUAUUCUAAUAUUCAUGUAUUGUGUUAAAGCAGCAGCUGUAGAUGUUGCUGAAGAAGUUCCACAUGUAGAAUGCCGUUUUGGAAGAGACUUGAAAUGCUGGCCAUAGAUGCAGCACAAUUCUAUUUUAAUGAUAAAACAGAGACUAAAGUCUGAGAGAAUACUUGGCAGUGAAAGCCAAGGAGGCGUUUACCCCUCUGUUGCAUUUUAUCAUUAACAUAGUCAUAAUCAUGCUCUCGCCCUCAGAGCAAGCCAAGAAAAUACAAAUAGGCAAGCAGCGUGGGGAGGAAAUAAAACAAUGAGAUGAAGAUAAGCACACUUAAUAAUCUGUGAAGAAGAAAGUGCUGUUUCUGACCUGCCCACCACCCUACAACCAAGAUGCCAACAAUAAUCAA